AUGUGGGGUACAGAUCCUCAAUGGAAGUGGGUUCUAGAGAUGAAAGAUAGUAAUAUCAAAGAAGUUUUCAAGAAGGCCUUUUCCGAAAAGAAUGACGUUGAGCUCAUGACAUACACAGGAUGGGCAAUUUGGAAUCGGCGCAACCAAAUUCGCUUCAAUGAAGCUUCUUGUCCUCUGAACCAGAUACUAGCUUUGUCGAAGGAAAGGAAAGCGGAGUUUCAACGCCUCCAUCUAGCAGCAGUAACACCACAGCACCGGAACCACACCAGGUGGAAGCCACCGGAAACAGGAGCUUGUAAGGUGAACUAUGACGGGGCUGUGUUUAGCCAACAGGGGAGAGCUGGUCUUGGCGUCAUCAUCGGGAACAGUGAUGGAGCAGUUAUGGCAUCCAUGGUACAACAAAUCCCACUCCCUACAACAGUUGCCCAAGUCGAAGCUCUUGUAGCACGGAGAGCCGUUGAAUUCGCUUUGGAAAUUGGGAUCACAAAAGCAAUAGUGGAGGGUGAUUCAGAGACCAUUGUCAGAGAACUUAAGGAACCAACUCUUUCCAUGGCACUGCAUGGCCAUUUGAUUCAGGAUGUUAAAUGUUUAUCUAGCUCUUUUGUUUCCCUUAGUUUUACGCAUGUACGACGCCAAGGUAAUAAUGCUACACAUGCACUGGCAAAAUGGGCAAUUAAGGAGCCCAAUUUAAGUGUCUGGAUGGAAGAUGUACCACCAGAUAUUCGCCAAAUUGUAAUGGCUGAUUCAGCCACCGUUUAA